GUUUUGGAUCCGGGCUGCUCGUUUGCAUUGACGACCACACUCGCAAAACAAUAUUGCGUUAGGAGUUAAGAGUUGCACCAGCAGAUUGCUGGCGCAUACUUGGACCAUGAUUGAAAACUGUGACGGGAUCUCUUUAUUCACUUGGUUCUAAACGCAUUUUCAAGUGGAUUCAUAUCGAGAAACACUCCAAAACAUUUUACUUGAUCAGCAACUUUAAGUUCUAAAACGGGUUUUCUUCAUUUUUAGUUUUUUUGCAUGUGACCCGGAGGAGCGCAUCGCCUGUUUUCGGGCUGAGUUUGUCCGCUUGCUUUACCUCCCCGCCUGACUUUUUUUGAGUUUCCAAAAAGUGCACCCACUAUUGAGGACAGGGCUUAAAUGUUUGGGAUUCAGGAGCAUUUGAUGCGAGAAGUGAGCGGAUUAAAAGAGAGAACUCUUGGAGAGGAGAUGGAUCCAGUUCGCUCCUGGGUGCGUAACGUUGGCGUGGUGGAUGCCAACAUCGCAGCGCAAAGUGGCGUGGCCUUAUCCAGAGCUCACUUUGAGAAGCAACCUCCUUCCAACCUGCGCAAGUCCAACUUCUUCCACUUUGUGCUGGCGCUCUACGAUAGACACGGCCAGCCCGUGGAAGUGGAGAGGACGGCCUUUGUGGAUUUUGUGGAACAUGACAAGGAGCAGACGGGAGAAAAGACCAACAACGGCACUCACUACAAGCUCCAGCUCCUCUACAGCAACGGGGUCCGUACAGAGCAAGAUCUUUACGCACGACUUAUUGACUCGGUCACAAAACAGCCAAUAUCGUAUGAGGGCCAAAACAAGAAUCCAGAAAUGUGCAGAGUUCUACUCACACAUGAGGUCAUGUGCAGCCGCUGUUGUGAGAAGAAGAGUUGCGGUAACCGAAAUGAGACGCCCUCUGACCCAGUCAUCAUUGACAGGUUCUUCUUGAAGUUUUUCUUGAAAUGCAACCAGAAUUGUCUGAAGACGGCGGGAAACCCCAGGGACAUGAGGAGAUUUCAGGUGGUCCUGUCCAGCACUGUGAGCGUGGACGGCCACGUCCUCGCGGUGUCUGACAACAUGUUCGUCCACAACAACUCUAAACACGGUCGGAGAGCUCGCAGACUGGAGCCCGGCGAGUCCGUGGAGAAUACCAUGGAGUAUGCCACCCCUUGUAUCAAAGCCAUCAGUCCCAGUGAGGGCUGGACUACAGGUGGUGCUAUGGUCAUUGUCAUUGGGGAGAACUUUUUUGACGGACUGCAGGUGGUGUUUGGAAGCAUGUUAGUUUGGAGUGAGCUAAUAACACCACACGCUAUUCGUGUCCAGACUCCGCCUCGUCACAUUCCAGGGGUGGUGGAGGUCACAUUAUCCUAUAAAUCCAAACAAUUCUGCAAAGGAGCCCCUGGACGCUUCAUCUACACAGCUUUGAACGAGCCGACAAUAGAUUACGGUUUCCAACGGCUUCAGAAAGUCAUUCCGCGGCAUCCUGGCGACCCAGAAAAAAUGGCUAAGGAAAUUCUACUGAAAAGAGCAGCAGAUCUCGUAGAGGCUCUAUACGGGAAUCCACACAGUAAUCAGGACAUGUUACUAAAAAGAGCCGCCGACAUUGCGGAAGCCCUCUACAGUGUUCCCCGUCCUCACAGUCAGCUGCAAGCACUUCCCAGCUCACCAGCCCACGGCAGUGUCAUGGGUUUAGGUUCCUACCCUCCCCAAUUAGGCGUUAGCAUCGGCGAGCCAGGACAGAGCGGCCAAGGUUAUAUUCGCAACUCCAGCAGCUUAUCACCAAGAGGUUACCCGUCAGCUUCCACACCUCAACAGUCAAGCUACGGAGGCGGCGGAGGAAUGACUGGAGGCUAUGGAACUGUUCCUAUGACCAGUCUAGGAGUUCCUGGGUCACCUGGCUUCAGCAGCGCUUCUCCCACGGGAUCCCCUUACAUAAUGCCGUCCAGCCCAACUAUACCCGGAAGCUCCAGCUCGUCGUCAUCUCUGUUGCCUUUCUCCUCUUUCCCGUCCGCCGCUAAACAGAAGAGCGCGUUUGCUCCCGUGCUCAGGCCGCAGGGCUCCCCUUCCCCAGCCUGCCCCGCCUCAGCGGCGAACAGCUUCAGAGGUAGCCAUCCCACUCACUAUCUGACCCCGCUCUCCGAACUUACGAAUGCAGUCUAACCCUCUUCCUCUAACCACCACAAGCUUUUGACUGAUCCAGAAAGUUGCUGGAUGUGCAGUACAUGAAUGCAAAAUUAGAAUCAUAGAUUUUGCGUAUUUCUUUCUCUCCAGCGAUGACGGGCCUGGUUGUCCCUCCGAUGUAGCAAAUCUACCCCAGACCACUGCUUCACUUAGCCCCUCUUUUGGCACUAAGAGGGCAGGGCCAAUGGAAAAUGUGUUCCAUAGCAGCCGUGACUUACUUUGCUACCUGAGCCCAUCCAGCCAUUUCUUAGUCCUUUCUAACCCGGGUGGAUGAACGGGCAAACGUUACAAACUAUCCAAAGACGAGACAUCUGUUCAAGAGGUAGAGGAGAUUACCUCAGCCCUACUACAGGCAGGAAAUGUUUCUUUGCUAACCAGACUGGGCCAUACCACACUGUGACGUGACAUCAAGAAAAACAAACUGUAUGGUCCCAAUUCCGCCACAAGCUUCAAAAGCUCUAUGUUUUGUACUUGCGUACUAUCACAUGCUAUAUUCUUAAUACAACCCCUAGCAAAAAGUAUGGAUUUACCAGUCUCAGACUAGCACUAAUUCAGACAUUAUAUUAUGUAGAAAAAACUCUGAUAAAAAGCUUGAGAAAAUAAUGAAUUAGUUCAAAAGUGCGACUCCUUGAAAUUCAGAAACACUAAAAGAAAUGAAUAAAAAACAUUCUGGUGGUCAGUAAAUGUUAAUUUUAUAGUUCAUGGAAUUUAUAUAUGGAAUCACUCCAUUCUGAGGAAAAAAAUAUGGAAUCACUCCAUUUUGAGUAGAAAAUACAGACACGCCCAGUCAAUUUCCUUUCCUUAAUUGGGCCCCUGCCUCAGAUUAGAUCUGCUCGUUAGUCAGCAGUUAAAAACAGUGCAGUUAUCACACCUCGGACGGCUGCUGGACCACGUGGAUUCAGAAAAAUCAUGGCUCCAACAAGAGAGAUGUCUCUUGAGAAUAAGGAGAGGAUAUCAAACUUCUUGAAAAAUUGAUGCCAAAGAUGUGGGCUGUUUACAGUCAGCUAUAUCAAAAAUCUGGACCAAGUACAUGGCAAGGUUGUUGAAGUUAAGCGUACUGGUAGACAUUCACACAUCAUGACAAACAACUAAAGGCCAUACUAGUAUGUCUUGAAAACAGAAGAUGUACAACAACACAAAUGAAGAAGCAAUGGGAGGAAGCUGGAAGCAAGGUAUGUGACAGAACUGUGCAAAAUCGCCUAAAGGAAAUGGGAUUUUCAUACAGGAAAGCUAAAAGGAAACCAUCAUUGACACUUAAACAGAAAAGAACAAGGCUGCAAUGGGCUAAGGGGAGGCAAUCAUGGACUAUGAAUAACUGGAUGAAGGUUAUUUUCAGUGAUGAGUCAAGAAUCUGAUGUUUUCUUCAGGCAGUUAUCUUUGUAAAUCUCACUGGAACAGCACCAAACAAACGUUCCAGCACCAUCACCGUGUCAAGAGUCAAGAAUCUACAAGGUAACCAAACAAACGUUCUAGCAUCAUCACCGUGUCA